GCACGUGAUAGGGGCGUGUUCACACUGGGGUGAAAUACUGUGCAUUGAUAGUAACUACGUAGAUACCGGUCGAGCUCGCAGUCAGGAAUAUGUCGGACGUUGCUCUUAUUCUAGAGACGGUGAACUUUGCUGCUGAAAAGCAUAAAGCGCAAAGGAGGAAAGACGCAGAGCAGACGCCUUAUAUAAAUCACCCCAUAGGUGUUGCCAGGAUACUCUCUCACGAGGCUGGGAUCAGUGAUCUUGUGGUGCUGCAGGCAGCUCUUCUACAUGAUACUGUUGAAGAUACAAACACAACAUUCUUGGAAAUCGAGGAAAAGUUUGGGCUUGAGGUAAAAAAAGUAGUAGAAGAGGUCACUGACGAUAAGUCCUUGCCAAGGAUGAGAAGAAAACAGUUGCAGAUAGAGCACGCCCCGCACUGCAGCCACAGAGCUAAGUUGGUCAAGUUAGCCGACAAGUUGUACAAUCUGCGGGACCUGAACCGUAGCACUCCACAAGGCUGGUCAGAAGAACGAGUACAAGAAUAUUUCCAUUGGGCAUUCAAGGUUGUGAAUGGUCUACAAGGCACAAAUGUGGUGAUGGAAGAACAGCUUAACCAGCUAUUCAAAGAGAGAGGCGUUUCAGCAUGAAUGUGACAUAAUAGAAAGGGGUACAUCAUGGGAUGUUGCAAAAAGUACUUUUCAAAAGUCAUCAGCAAAAAUAUUCUAAGCACUUUCGGUUUAAAGUGUUUGGGGGGGGGGGCAGAACAAUGGCCAUUCUACCGUAUAUAUAAAAAACCCUCUACUCACAUCCAGCACUCCCCGCUGCCUUCGGUGUCGUCCUCCUGUCCCCAGAUGUAAUCCUCUUCCUGAGCUGUAGCAUGGCGCUUGGGCUGGAAGUGGCCCAGUAUAUCAUAUUUCGGCUCAGCCAGUCACUGGUGCAGCUAUGUCCUGCCUCAGGCAGUAUGAUACACUGGGCCCUAACAUCUAUCCGGCCAAACGUCAUGCUGCAGCUCAGGAAGUGGAUUGCAGCUGGGGACUGGAGCAAAACACUGGAGGCACUGCAGGAGCUCUGGAUGUAAGUAGAGGUUUAUUUAGUAUGUUGUUUAAAGGGGUAUUCCAGGCAAAAACUUUUUUUUAUAUAUCAGCU